CUGAAGGAGCUUGGGGGCCAGUGUCAGGAACAAGUCUUUUCCGACCCCAUGGAGCUGUAUGAGACAUCCCCCUACUUCUACCAGGAGCCCCGCUUCUAUGACGGGGAAAACUACCUGCCUGUCCACCUCCAGGGUUUUGAGCCACCAGGCUAUGAGCGGACUGAGCUCAGCCUGAGCCCAGAGACCCGAGGGCCCCUGGAAGACAAGGGCCUGGGGACCCCUGAGCACUGUCCAGGUCAGUGCCUGCCAUGGGCAUGUAAGGUGUGUAAGAGGAAGUCUGUGUCUGUGGACCGGCGGAGGGCAGCCACACUGAGGGAGAAGCGCAGACUCAAGAAGGUGAAUGAGGCCUUUGAGGCCCUGAAGAGGAGCACCCUGCUCAACCCCAACCAGCGGCUGCCCAAGGUGGAGAUCCUGCGCAGCGCCAUCCAGUACAUUGAGCGCCUGCAGGCCCUGCUCAGCUCCCUCAACCAGGAGGAGCGCGACCUGCGCUACCGAGGCGGGGGUGGGCCACAGCCUGCGGUGCCCAGUGAAUGCAGCUCCCACAGUGCCUCCUGCAGUCCGGAGUGGGGCAGCGCACUGGAGUUCAGUCCCAACCCAGGCGAUCAUCUGCUGGCUGCUGACCCUACUGAUGCCCACAACCUUCACUCCCUCACCUCCAUCGUGGACAGCAUUACAGUGGAGGAUGUGUCUGUGGCCUUUCCAAAUGAAACUAUGCCUAACUGAGAGAGUCUGCCAGGAUAGGUGUUCAUGUGAGCCCCUAAGCUGACCCAUAGAUGCCACCACUUCUGCAGCAGGAGCCUCCUCCACUAGGCUCUCCUGAUGCUGGGAAGAUAACCCUUGGUUGACAUAGGCCAGACUACCCCCUCCUCAUCCAUAUAAGGUUAGCACACCACUCAGUAGGAGAACGGAUGUCUUCGGUUAGCCAAUUCCCAGGAGACACAGCCCGGGGCCACAGAGCUCCCUAGCGGAUGCUCCCUCCUCAGGAAACUCAGGAGUUUCCUUGUUAUAAUGGAGCCUCUAACUCCAACCUCUAAAAGUAAUGGUUUGAGAGACAAAGAGUAUCCUUACUUGGAUAAGCGUGCACAUCUCCUGUUCUGGUCUCUCCUUGAUGCCAGUGGCUGGGCUGGGCCUGCCCUGAAUUGAGAGAAAGAAAGAGAGAGGAACUGUCCUUUGUUCCCAAGUUCCUGGGGGGCCAAGCUUUUGCAGUUAAUAUAGGGAACCUUUCAGUGGUUUCAUGUUUUGUUUUGUUUUGUGUGUUGUUUGUAAGCUGCCAUCUGACCAAGGUCUCCUGUGCUGAGGACGCCAGGGACAGGCAGGGGAAACGGGGGUGGGUCUUGGGGUGAUUUCUUUUGUUAACUAAGCAUUGU